AUGUAUCCUCUUGUUCGCCGUCAGUGCGGGCGCGCUCCCGCCCUUGCACGCGCCUAUGCCCGCCCUGUCGAGCCCCAUACCCAGUAUAACGGCUACCCAGAAUUACCCACCGACGGUUCCGCAUCACACCAAUACCGACCACCACGUGGCUGGGACGACCAGCUACUGCGACGCAACUUCAAUGACACAGUCCAUCAUCAUGAAGAAGUGAAUUCAAUGUGGGGCCCUGAUAUCCCUGUGGUCCCGCCCCAAAGCGCAUUGCGGCAGUUCCUAGGUGUAGCUGGCGGAUUUGUCCUCGUUGGCACUUUCAUGCGCGCGUUUCUCGUCCCAGAAAAGCCAGUCGUCCCGCGUGAAUACCCCUAUAAUGGUCUAGAAACGGAGCUGGGUGGCCAUCAGGCUAACCCUGAGGCUGAGAGUAGCGAAGAUUGA